AUGGCUGGCCGAUUCGGGUUCUCAACCGACAGCUUCUCGACAUCUCCGCACGAGUUGCAUAAGAUUCGCCGCAAAGCGCUAAGCCCGUUCUUCGCGGCAAGCAAAAUAGUCGAAUUCGAAUCCGUCAUCAAGACGAAAGUCGAUGAUCUCUGCCGCAAACUGGCCGCGUCUGCCGAUGGUGAGGUCGUCAAGCUUGACCGUGCUUUCGUCGCAUUGACCACAGACACCAUUACUCAGUACGCUUUUGGUGAGUCGUAUGACCAUCUUGACUCGCCCGGCUUCGAGAAGACGCUCUACGAGGCUUUCCGUACAAUUCAAAGCGUCGGCGCCCUUGGGCAGCAAUUUCCCUCUGUUUUCAAGAUAUUGAAUGCGCUCCCGCUCUGGUUCGUGAAAGCAACACAGCCGGAAAUCAUGCCCAUAGUCACUUUGAGACAGCAUACCGCAGAGUAUGAGAGCUCGAAUCGCCGAGAUCCGUGCCGGGAGCAAUGA